UGACAAUGGUCCUGGGCGCUCUUUAGCGAAUUCCGUCUUCCAGCCGGCGGCGCAUGCGCAGCCUGGGUUCCUGUGGGCUCUGCGCGUCUCUGUAGGUCGGCGUGGGGCGCAGGGGGCGCUGGGAAGAUGGCGGGGGCGUGCACGGCGGCCGUGGCCGCUCGGAUACCUUGUCUCAGCUUGGGCCGAGCGGCCGUCUCCUUCGGCUUCCGCCAUGGUGUCAGCGCGUUGUUUGCCCAGAAGCCCGAGCGGGCGCCACGGUGGCUCCCAGCUUGCAGACAAAAGACGUCCAUCUCUUUCCUUAGUCGACCGGACCUUCCAAACUUGGCUUAUAAGAGGCUAAAAGGCAAAAGUCCAGGAAUUAUCUUCAUCCCUGGCUAUAUUUCUAAUAUGAAUGGUACAAAAGCGUUGGCGAUUGAGGAUUUUUGUAAAUCUCUAGGUCACGCCUAUAUAAGGUUCGAUUACUCAGGAGUUGGAAAUUCAGAUGGUAACUUCCAAGAAUGCACAGUGGGAAGAUGGAGAAAAGAUGUUCUUUCUAUAAUUGAUGACGUAGCUGUAGGACCACAGAUACUAGUUGGAUCUAGCCUCGGUGGAUGGCUUAUGCUUCAUGCUGCAAUCGCUCGGCCACAGAAGGUUGUCGCCCUUAUUGGUGUAGCUACAGCUGUAGAUAGCCUAGUGACACAGUUUAAUCAGCUUCCUGUUGAGGUAAAAAAGGAAAUAGAGAUGAAAGGCGUGUGGAGCAUGCCAUCCAAGUACAGUGAGGAAGGGGUGUAUCACGUUCAGUACAGUUUCAUCAAGGAGGCUGAGCACCACUGCUUGCUGCACAGCCCCAUUCCUGUGAACUGCCCUAUCAGGUUGCUCCACGGCAUGAGGGACGACCUCAUCCCCUGGCACACGUCUGUGCAGGUUGCUGACCGAGUCAUCAGCACAGAUGUGGAUGUCAUCCUCCGAAAACACAGUGAUCACCGAAUGAAGGAAAAAGCAGACAUUCAGCUUCUUGUGUACACUAUUGAUGACUUAAUUGAUAAGCUUUCAACUGAAGUUAACUAGAAUCACAUUUUUAGUUGGUAUGUAGACUAAUGGACCCAGAAGAUUGCAAGAGGAUAACAAAUGAAAGACCCUGAUACUUAAAAAGUUUUUUCCUCUUAUCUCUGUUUUGUAAAUAUCACGUGAGUAUUUAUUUAAUGAUGUAUUUGCACAAGUGAUACAAAUUGUGAAGAAAGGACCAGCUGCUGUUUGGAAAAUUUUCUCCUUCCUUCGAUCUUUGAUGUUUUUUUUCAUUAAAAUAUUUCCUAUUUUUUUAUUCAGGAGAUGUUUACCUUCUAAUGCUUAUGUUAACCAUGCCAGCUCUUACUUAUGUUCUCUUCUACUUAGAAUUGUUAAUAAAGCUGGAAUUUUUUGCUUGAUAUCAUUGUA